ACGAGUGGAAUAUCUCUUCCUCAUCAUUUUUACUGUGGAAGCAUUUUUAAAAGUCAUCGCCUAUGGACUCCUCUUUCAUCCCAACGCGUACCUCCGCAACGGCUGGAACUUGCUGGAUUUUAUCAUUGUGGUUGUAGGGCUUUUUAGUGCAAUCUUAGAACAAGCAACCAAAGCAGACGGGUCCAAUGCUCUCGGAGGGAAAGGGGCCGGGUUCGACGUGAAGGCGCUGAGGGCUUUCCGAGUGCUACGCCCCCUGCGGCUGGUCUCCGGAGUCCCGAGCCUCCAGGUGGUCCUCAACUCCAUCAUCAAGGCCAUGGUGCCCCUGCUCCACAUCGCCCUGCUCGUGCUCUUCGUCAUCAUCAUCUACGCCAUCAUCGGCCUGGAGCUGUUCAUGGGGAAGAUGCACAAGACCUGCUACAACCAGGAGGGCGUCGCAGAUGUCCCAGCGGAAGAGGACCCCUCCCCCUGCGCCCUGGAGACCGGCCACGGGCGGCAGUGUCAGAACGGAACCGUGUGCAGGCCUGGGUGGGACGGGCCCAAGCAUGGCAUCACCAACUUCGACAACUUUGCCUUCGCCAUGCUGACCGUCUUCCAGUGCAUCACGAUGGAGGGCUGGACCGACGUGCUCUACUGGAUGCAGGACGCUAUGGGCUAUGAGUUACCCUGGGUCUAUUUUGUCAGUCUGGUCAUCUUUGGAUCCUUUUUCGUUCUAAAUCUGGUUCUCGGUGUGUUGAGCGGAGAGUUUUCCAAAGAGAGGGAGAAGGCCAAGGCUCGGGGAGAUUUCCAGAAGCUGCGUGAGAAGCAGCAGCUGGAAGAGGACCUCAAGGGCUACCUGGACUGGAUCACGCAGGCAGAAGACAUUGACCCCGAGAACGAGGACGAGGGCUUGGACGAGGAGAAGCCACGCAACAGAGGUGCCCCAGCCAGCUUGCGGGAUCAGAAGAAGGGGAAGUUUGCUUGGUUUAGUCACUCCACAGAGACCCAUGUGAGCAUGCCCACCAGUGAGACCGAGUCGGUCAACACGGAAAACGUGGCCGGAGGCGACAUCGAAGGCGAGAACUGCGGGGCCAGGCUGGCCCACCGGAUCUCCACGUCCAAGUUCAGCCGCUACUGGCGCAGGUGGAACCGGUUCUGCCGAAGGAAGUGCCGGGCGGCGGUCAAGUCCAACGUCUUCUACUGGCUGGUGAUCUUUCUGGUGUUCCUCAACACACUCACCAUCGCCUCUGAGCACUACAACCAGCCCCACUGGCUCACGGAGGUGCAAGACACGGCCAACAAGGCUCUCCUGGCCAUGUUCACGGCGGAGAUGCUGCUGAAGAUGUACAGCCUGGGGCUGCAGGCCUACUUCGUGUCACUGUUCAACCGCUUCGACUGCUUCAUCGUGUGCGGGGGCAUCCUGGAGACCAUCCUGGUGGAGACCAAAAUCAUGUCGCCCCUGGGCAUCUCGGUGCUGCGCUGUGUCCGCCUGCUGAGGAUAUUUAAGAUCACCAGGUACUGGAACUCCCUGAGCAACCUGGUGGCGUCGCUGCUGAACUCGGUGCGCUCCAUCGCCUCGCUGCUCCUGCUGCUCUUCCUCUUCAUCAUCAUCUUCUCCCUGCUGGGCAUGCAGCUGUUCGGGGGGAAGUUCAACUUCGACGAGAUGCAGACCCGCCGAAGCACCUUCGACAACUUCCCCCAGUCCCUCCUCACCGUCUUUCAGAUCCUGACCGGGGAGGACUGGAAUUCGGUGAUGUAUGAUGGGAUCAUGGCUUAUGGCGGCCCCUCUUUUCCAGGGAUGUUAGUCUGUAUUUACUUCAUCAUCCUCUUCAUCUGUGGAAAUUAUAUCCUACUGAAUGUGUUCUUGGCCAUUGCCGUGGACAACCUGGCUGACGCCGAGAGCCUCACCUCUGCCCAAAAGGAGGAGGAGGAAGAGAAAGAGAGGAAGAAGCUGGCCAGGACUGCCAGCCCAGAGAAGAAACAAGAGGCGGUGGAGAAGCCGGUGGUGGAGGAGACCAAGGAGGAGAAAAUCGAGCUGCGCUCCAUCACCGCCGAUGGCGAGUCCCCACCUACCACCAAGAUCAACGUGGAUGAGCUCCAGCCCAAUGAAAAUGAGGAUAAGAGUUCCUACCCCAACCCAGACACCACAGAAGAGGACGAGGAGGAGCCUGAGAUGCCAGUGGGGCCCCGCCCGAGGCCGCUGUCUGAACUACACCUGAAAGAAAAGGCAGUGCCCAUGCCGGAAGCCAGCGCCUUCUUCAUCUUCAGCUCCAGCAACAGGUUUCGCCUCCAAUGCCACCGCAUCGUCAACGACACGAUCUUCACCAACCUGAUCCUCUUCUUCAUCCUGCUCAGCAGCAUUUCCCUGGCCGCUGAGGAUCCGGUCCAGCACACCUCCUUCAGGAACCAUAUUCUGUUUUAUUUUGACAUUGUUUUUACUACCAUUUUCACCAUUGAGAUUGCUCUGAAGAUGACUGCGUAUGGGGCUUUCCUGCACAAGGGCUCUUUCUGCCGGAACUACUUCAACAUCUUGGACCUGCUGGUGGUCAGCGUGUCCCUCAUCUCCUUCGGCAUACAGUCAAGUGCAAUCAACGUGGUAAAGAUCUUGAGAGUGCUGCGUGUCCUCAGGCCCCUGAGAGCCAUCAACAGGGCCAAGGGGCUAAAGCACGUGGUCCAGUGCGUGUUUGUCGCCAUCCGGACCAUCGGCAACAUCGUGAUUGUCACCACGCUGCUGCAGUUCAUGUUCGCCUGCAUCGGGGUGCAGCUCUUCAAGGGAAAGCUCUACACCUGUUCCGAUAGCUCCAAGCAGACAGAGGAAGAGUGCAAGGGCAACUACAUCACCUACAAAGACGGGGAGGUGGACCACCCCAUCAUCCAGCCCCGCAGCUGGGAGAACAGCAAGUUUGACUUUGACAACGUGCUGACGGCCAUGAUGGCUCUCUUCACCGUCUCCACCUUCGAGGGGUGGCCAGAGCUGCUGUACCGCUCCAUCGACUCCCACACAGAGGACAAAGGCCCCAUCUACAACUACCGCGUGGAGAUCUCCAUCUUCUUCAUCAUCUACAUCAUCAUCAUCGCCUUCUUUAUGAUGAACAUCUUCGUGGGUUUCGUCAUCGUCACCUUCCAGGAGCAAGGCGAGCAAGAGUACAAGAACUGCGAGCUGGAUAAGAACCAGCGACAGUGCGUGGAGUAUGCGCUCAAGGCCCGGCCCCUGCGGCGGUACAUCCCCAAGAACCAGCACCAGUACAAGGUGUGGUACGUGGUGAACUCCACCUACUUUGAGUACUUGAUGUUCGUCCUCAUCCUGCUCAACACCAUCUGCCUGGCCAUGCAGCACUACGGCCAGAGCUGCCUCUUCAAAUCCGCCAUGAAUAUCCUCAACAUGCUCUUCACCGGCCUCUUCACUGUGGAGAUGAUCCUGAAGCUCAUCGCCUUCAAACCCAAGGGUUACUUUAGUGAUCCCUGGAAUGUUUUUGACUUCCUCAUCGUGAUUGGGAGCAUAAUUGAUGUCAUUCUCAGUGAAACUAAUCCAGCUGAUCAUAGCCAAUGCUCUCCCACCAUGAACCUGGAGGAGAACUCUCGCAUCUCCAUCACCUUCUUCCGCCUCUUCCGCGUCAUGCGCUUGGUCAAGCUGCUGAGCCGUGGUGAGGGCAUCCGGACGCUGCUGUGGACCUUCAUCAAGUCCUUCCAGGCCCUGCCCUACGUGGCUCUCCUCAUCGUGAUGCUCUUUUUCAUCUACGCGGUGAUUGGCAUGCAGGUGUUCGGGAAAAUCGCCCUGAAUGACACCACAGAAAUCAACCGCAACAACAACUUUCAGACCUUUCCCCAGGCGGUGUUGCUACUCUUCAGGUGUGCCACGGGCGAGGCCUGGCAGGACAUCAUGCUGGCCUGCAUGCCAGGCAAGAAGUGCGCCCCGGAGUCGGAGCCGGGCAACAGCACGGAAGGGGAGCUGCCCUGCGGCAGCAGCUUCGCCGUCUUCUACUUCAUCAGCUUCUACAUGCUCUGUGCCUUCCUGAUCAUCAAUCUCUUCGUGGCUGUCAUCAUGGAUAACUUCGACUACCUAACGAGAGACUGGUCCAUCCUCGGCCCGCACCACCUGGACGAGUUCAAAAGAAUCUGGGCAGAGUACGACCCUGAGGCCAAGGGCCGGAUCAAGCACCUGGACGUGGUGACCCUCCUCCGCAGGAUCCAGCCCCCGCUGGGCUUCGGGAAGCUGUGCCCCCACCGCGUGGCCUGCAAACGCCUGGUCUCCAUGAACAUGCCCUUGAACAGUGAUGGGACGGUCAUGUUCAACGCCACCCUGUUCGCCCUGGUCAGAACAGCCCUGAGGAUCAAAACAGAAGGGAACCUAGAACAAGCCAACGAGGAGCUGCGGGCUAUCAUCAAGAAGAUCUGGAAGCGGACCAGCAUGAAGCUGCUGGACCAGGUGGUGCCCCCUGCCGGCGAUGACGAGGUGACCGUCGGCAAGUUCUACGCCACCUUCCUGAUCCAGGAGUACUUCCGGAAGUUCAAGAAGCGCAAAGAGCAGGGGCUGGUGGGCAAACCCUCCCAGCGGAACGCGCUGUCCCUGCAGGCCGGCUUGCGGACCCUCCACGACAUCGGGCCUGAGAUCCGACGGGCCAUCUCCGGGGACCUGACGGCCGAGGAGGAGCUGGACAAGGCGAUGAAGGAGGCCGUGUCCGCCGCCUCGGAGGACGACAUCUUCAGGAGGGCCGGCGGCCUCUUCGGCAAUCACGUCACCACCUACUACCAAAGCGACAGCCGGGGCGCCUUCCCCCAGACGUUCACGGCCCAGCGCCCGCUGCACAUCAACAAGACGGGCAACAACCAAGGGGACACGGAGUCCCCCUCCCACGAGAAGCUGGUGGACUCCACGUUCACGCCCAGCAGCUACUCCUCCACGGGCUCCAACGCCAACAUCAACAACGCCAACAACACGGCCCUGGGCCGCCUGCCGCGCCCCGGCGGCUACCCCAGCACCGUGAGCACCGUGGAGGGCCACGGCGCCCCCUUGGCUCCAGCCAGCCACGCGCAGGAGGGGGCGUGGAACGUCAGCUCCAGGAGAUGUCGCUCCCGGGACAGCCAGCUGGCUGUGGAGUGUCCGGAGGAGGCCACGCAGGACGCCGCCUACUACAGCCACGUGAGGACGCGCAAUGCCGAGUACGGCAGUGAGCCCAACCUGCUGGCCACAGAGAUCCUGCCCUCCCAGGACGAUGAAAAUCGACAGCUCACGCCUCCGGAGGAGGAGAAGAGGGACUUCCGGCAAUCCCCCAAGAGAGGUUUCCUCCGCUCCGCCUCCCUUGGUCGAAGGGCAUCCUUCCACCUGGAGUGUCUGAGACGACAGAAGAGCCAAGGAGGAGACAUCGCGCAGAAGACGGUCCUGCCGCUGCAUCUCGUCCACCAUCAGGCCUUGGCCGUGGCGGGCCUGAGCCCCCUGCUCCAGAGAAGCCAUUCCCCCACCACGUUCCCCAGGCCGUGUGCCUCACCCCCUGCCCCCCCCGGGGCACAGCGAGGCUGGUCCCCACAACCCAUCCCCACCCUGCGGCUGGAGGGGGCCGAGUCCAGCGAGAAACUCAACAGCAGCUUCCCAUCCAUCCACUGCGGCUCGUGGGCCGAGGCCGCCCCGUGCGGCGGGGGCUGCGGGGUGCGGAGGGCCCGGCCCGUGUCCCUCACGGUGCCCAGCCAGGCCGGGGCGCCCGGCAGACAGCUCCACGGCAGCGCCAGCAGCCUGGUGGAGGCGGUCUUGAUCUCCGAAGGACUGGGCCAUUUUGCUCAAGACCCCAAGUUCCUGGAGGUCGCCACGCAAGAACUGGCGGACGCGUGCGAGCUGACCGCGGAGGAGAUGGACUGGGCCGCGGACAGCAUCCUCCAGCGGGGCCCCAACGGUGCCCUCCUGCCCUUCGUGAACUGCAGGAGCCCGGUGCCGGCCCGGCGGGCGGCCAGGAGGACCCGAGGGGCGCGUGCCCGGCGGGGCCGCGGCAGAAGCCAGGGCGAGGACCGGGAGGAGCUGGCCGCCGACGGCAGGGGGCACGGCAGCAGCCUGUAGGUCCCGGCAGGGGGGAGGGACGCGUGCGGGUCUUCUUUAGUUCUUGUUUUUAAUUUGUCUCAAUGUUCCUAAUGGGUUCGUUUCAGAAGUGCCUCACUGUUCUCGUGACCUGGGAGUUAACCGGAACAGCGUCUUCAUUCUUUCUGUUGGGGGAGAGCGGG